CGGAUAAACACAAUCUCGGUAGGAGUGCCUUUUCAAAUCAUAGCAUUUCAGCUCAUCUGUGCACUUCUGAGCUGUCACAGCACGUCCGGGUUCAGAUAUGGACUUUAUGAGGUCUAUAUAGUAUGUGUACAUCAUUUAACUGUGCUUACUAGCCUGUAGAUGCAGCGUCUCCUCAGGGAAGCUUUUGAUCAGUGAAGCUAUCAGUGGCAAAUUACACCCCACCAAAUCAAGCAUGGCUUCUGAUAUCAACUAUCAGGAUGGCCCAGACUUUUCCAGAAGAGAUGAGAGUCCCGCUGAAGAUGAGCCCAUCCAUUCCCCCGGUUCCCCACGACAGACAGAAUACGAACGAAUCGGAGGAAGAACAGGAUCCUCGUUUCUUCAGACCUUAAUUCAUUUACUUAAAGGAAAUAUCGGUACGGGACUCCUCGGCUUGCCUCUGGCUGUCAAGAAUGCAGGACUCGUGCUGGGGCCUUUGAGUCUUCUGGUUAUGGGGAUUGUGGCUGUUCACUGCAUGAACCUCCUCGUCAAAUGUGCACAUCAUCUAAGCGCAAAGAUGGGGAAGCCCUUUCUUUCCUACGGAGAUGCGGUGGAGUAUGGCAUGGAGAACGUGUCGUGGCUGAGCAGACACUCUCUGUGGGGAAGGCGUAUUGUGAAUCUGUUCCUCAACAUAACCCAGCUGGGCUUCUGCUGCGUUUACUUUGUGUUCCUCAGCGACAAUGUCAAACAGGUGGUUGAAACCGCAAACGGGACGACCGGGAACUGUCACAACAACGAAACCGCAGUGAUUGUCCCCGGCUACGACUCUCGCCUCUACAUGCUCUUCUUCCUGCCCUUUAUCAUCGUGUUGGUGUUCAUCCGCAACCUCAAGUACUUGGCUCCUCUGUCGUUUGUAGCAAACAUUUCCAUGUGCGCCAGCCUGGUCUUCAUAUACUACUACUGUCUGACGAAUAUCCCAUACCCUAUCAACCUCCCGCUGGCAGGAAGAGGAGUUGACUAUCCUCUCUUCUUUGGAACAGCAAUAUUCGCCUUUGAGGGAAUUGGAGUUGUGCUCCCACUUGAGAAUAAGAUGCAGAAUCCCAGAGACUUCCCCAGGGUCCUGUAUCUGGGCAUGGGCAUCGUCACCACCCUCUACAUCUCUCUGGGCACCAUCGGCUACAUUGGCUUCGGAGAGCAUAUCCGGGGCAGCAUCACUUUAAACUUACCAUUGUGCUGGUUAUAUCAGAGCGUGAAGCUGCUUUACUCUUUUGGGAUCUACAUCACGUAUGCGCUGCAGUUCUACGUGUCAGCAGAGAUCCUGAUCCCUCCGGCGGUGGCACGCUGCGGUCCCAGAUGGGCGUUGAUGGUGGACCUCAGCAUCCGCGUGGCUCUCGUAGGCCUCACAUGUGCCCUGGCCGUACUGAUCCCAGAGCUUGACCUGGUCAUCUCUCUGGUGGGCUCGGUGAGCAGCAGCGCUCUGGCCCUCAUCAUCCCUCCCCUGCUUCAGAUCAUCACCUUCCAUAAUGAAGACAUGAAGCGCUGGGUGAUGGUCAAGGACAUCGGCAUCAGUCUCAUUGGCUUUGUGGGCUUUGUGGCGGGGACGUACAUCUCCAUCCAGGAGAUUGUGGCCCGGAACAGCAGCAGACACAACGGCACACACCUGCAGCUGCUGUGAUGCUGACCGAGCGACAGAAUAAAUGCAGACCCACUGAAUCAUUUACUUACUACAUGCUCCUUUGAUUUCUGCUGAAUUCCGCUUGGGAUUCCUCUUACAGAACGUCCCUAGCUCAUGGAUUUUUUAUGUGUUUUUGUCCUUCGGUUUUUGCUGCACUGAAGUCUCCUCGUAUCCCAAGUUACACUGGUUUCAGAAAACUCAUUUUUACAAACUUUUUGGGGCCGAAGCCUUUUAUUCAAACAGUACGGUGAAUAUUAAUGGAAUAAUGUUGCUCAUUUGAAUGUUUUGUUUAUAGUGUUUUUUCACAUUCAUUUCGACUGAUCAGGUUCAUGUGUUGAUUACUCAUUCUGAGUGUUUCUACAUGCUGAAAUUGAAAAGAAGUGACGUGAACAGUGAUUUCUGCUUGGAACUGUGUAUUUGUGUUUGUUUCAUGACCAAAAGCGAGUUAUUUACUUCUGCGUAUUACUCACAGACUCAACCUAGACUUGAUUGGAAAUAUGUGGAAAAUCCAUUCGAGCUACAGAAUGCUUUAUGUUUGCACAAUUACACAAUACCCAAUACCUCUCAGUCUCACUGAGUCAUAAAACACUCAAUUCAGUGGUCUUGAAACUAUUUUAUCUGCACAGUGUCUGCUGUUUUAGUCUUUUUUUUUUAAAUUGAUUUACAUAUUUAAGUAAUGUUUCAUAGGUUUAUUCUGUUAAUAGUGCCAUCUCGCUCAUCAAACAGUCGUUUAUAAUCAGCAGGUGCCAUCAGUGAGUCAUCUUACAGAGAAAUCUGUUGAUAUAUUUAUUUCAGUAUCCACACAUGGCCAGUUCUCUUAUCCAGAUGCGUGCAGUAUAUAAUGGUUUUAAAACAGGCUCCAGAUCUCAUGAUGUUUAGCACACAAAACACUUCAAGUUCAGGCUAAGCAACAGGAGUUAAGUGCAUGUACGUUGAGUAACUUUAAUUUUAAAACACUUGUACUGUGUCAAACACUUUUUACUGGGGUACUUGAAUUUUAUUUUUUGAUUUUUAGUUGUAUGAAUUCUCUAUAUAUAUUGAUGGCAGUGCCAAAGUUAUUGACCGUUUUAUCAUUUACUGUAUUUUUUUUCUAUUUUCACUCAACUGCAGCUUUCAUAAUUGCUGUAAUAUGUGAUUUGACUUUUUGUGAUUUCAUGGAUUUCCGCCUUGAUGUACACAUGCUGUAGGUCUUUAAUUCAUGCUGACCUUGUGGAAAAUGAACAUAUCUCUAUUUUAAAACUUACAAAUAUUUGAUAUUGAUUCUAAAAACAGUUCAUUUAUUAUUGAUCAUCAGAAUGAGUUUCAUGGUCCAGCUGUUGAGUUGCCUCUUUGUGUCUCUCUAGUUGAUUUAAAUCCGCAGGCCUUGAGAGCUGCUCUGUGCUCGGUGUGUUUUAAUUAAAGAACCGAUAGCCCGUC